AUGGCCGCUGACAGACAGGGCGAGCUUGGGUGGACGCCCCCGCGAGCACCGGCGGUGUCCCGGCGGUUGUCUGGGUCAAGCCCGGGAUCCUCCAGAGGGAAGCUGCGUUCAGAGUAUCAGGAGCUGGUGCCCACCCCCAGGCGCGACUAG